ACUGUCGGUGACAUCACGGAUCGGGCGACUUCUAUGUAGAUGAGGCAGCGCAGAGGCUGCUGCUUCGCCACUUGCUGCUUCGCCACGAAGGAGUUCCCGCGCGGUGGGAGCGGAUUCAGGACCGCUGAUCGGAAGAAUCUGCAGGAGUCUGAAGAGGAGGAAGCCCCCCAGGAGUCCUGGGAUGAAGGUGAUUGGACUCUCUCAAUUCCUCCUGACAUGUCUGCCUCAUACCAGUCUGACAGGAGCACCUUUCACUCAGUAGAGGAACAGCAAGUCGGCUUGGCUCUUGACAUAGGCAGACAUUGGUGUGAUCAAGUGAAAAAGGAGGACCAAGAGGCCACAAGUCCCAGGCUCAGCAGGGAGCUGCUGGAUGAGAAAGAGCCUGAAGUCUUGCAGGACUCACUGGAUAGAUUUUAUUCAACUCCCUGUGGGUAUCUGGAACUGCCUGACUUAUGCCAGCCCUACAGAAGUGACUUUUACUCAUUGCAGGAACAACACCUUGGCUUGGCUCUUGACGUGGACAGAAUUAAAAAGGACCAAGAAGAGGAAGAAGACCAAGGCCCACCAUGCCCCAGGCUCAGCAGAGAGCUGCCGGAGGUAGUAGAGCCUGAGGACUUGCAGGACUCGCUGGAUAGAUGUUAUUUGACUCCUUUCAGUUAUCUAGAACUGCCUGAUUCAUGCCAGCCCUACGGAAGUUGCUUUUACUCAUUGGAGGAAGAACACGUUGGCUUUUCUCUUGAUGUGGAUGAAAUUGAAAAGUACCAAGAAGGGGAAGAAGACCAAAACCCACCAUGCCCCAGGCUCAACGAGGUGCUGAUGGAAGCAGAAGAGCCUGAAGUCUUGCAGGACUCACUGGAUAGAUGUUAUUUGACUACUUCAACUUACUUUCAACUACGUGCCUCAUUCCAGCAGUACAGAAGUGCCUUUUACUCAUUUGAGGAACAGGACGUCAGCUUGGCCCUUGACAUGGACAAUAGUUUUUUUACUUUGACAGUGAUAAGGCACCACCUGGCCUUCCAGAUGGGAGUCAUAUUCCCACACUAAGCAGCCCUUACUAAGCUGAGAGAUGUCAUUGCUGCAGGCAGGACCUAUAGGCACAUGUAGGUUUGAAUGAAACUGUAGUUCCCUUUGGAAGCCCAGUCAUAGGAUAGGAAAGUGGGCAUGGCUCUAUUCCUAUUCUCAGACUAUGCCAGUGGCCACCUGUGCUCAGUCUGAAGACAUUGGACCCAAGUUAGGUGUGACGCGUUCACACGACUAUGUAGCACAUGCCGGGAGUGAUCUGCCAGACAUUCUAAUUUGAACCAGAUAUCUCUGGGUAGCUACAAAGUUCCUCAGGGGUUUCAUUUUGCAGGCAUGUCUCUGAGCUUCUAUACCUGCUCAAGGUCAGUGUCAUCUUUGUGUUUAGCUCAUCCAAAGGUGUUACCCUGGUUUCAUUGAACCUAACCCCAUUCUUUGUACCUUCAGUGUUGGUUUGUUUUAGCUGAUCCAUCUGUAACACAGGAGGGAUCCUUGGCUGAGGAUUGUAUUUCAGAACCACUGACUGCUCUUGACAGUUGUUAACCCACUAGGCUCCUUUGAGUAGAGAAGCCAUAGUCCUUCAGCCUCCAAUUGAUAUCAAUACUUAGGAAGACCACAGCUAGAUGGACAAACAGCAUUGAGAGGCCUUAGCCCUGCUCCUCUCAAUUCCAUCCUGUAGAGAACAGGAGUCAGGAGCCGCUGGCAAGAGACAGCAUGUCACCCGGGACUCUGCCGGUGCAGAAUAUGAACAAUGCCAUGUUCUUGCAGAAAACGCUUAGCCUGAGUUUCAUAGGAGGUAAUCACCAGACAACUGCAGAAUGUAGAACACUGAGCAGGACAACUGACCUGUCUCCUUCACACAGUCCACGUCACCACGAAUCACACAACAAAAAGGAGGAGAGAUAUUUUGGGUUCAGAAGAAGUAAAUGAUAAUGUAGCUACAUUUGUUUAGUUAUUUUGAACCCCAAAUAUUUCCUCAUCUUUUUGUUGUUGUCAUUGAUUGUGGUGACAUGGACUUGUUUGUAGAGGACAGGUCAGCUGUCUGGCUCAAUGGUCUACAUUCUGAAGUUGUCUGAAAAUGUCUUCAUGAUUAAAUUCAGCCUAAACCUUUCAUCAAGAACACUACAGAGUCAAUACUGUGAGUUUCCAACCUCAGCCCAUCUGUGGGCAGAGAAGGUCUAGUUUGUCCAUCAGCAUUAUCAUGAUAUCAGGACUGGUUACUUGGUUAAGGAGGUGUCUAGGAGAUCUAUCCCUUUUAGAGACACCUUACUUAUAAUGAAGUAUUUGGGAGAGUGGUUUUUAAAAGUAGAAAUGUCCUGUAUUUCAGUGAUCAUCCUCUAAACAUUUUAUCAUUUAUUAAUCAUCCCUGCCUGUGUCUGUUAUUAUAUUCAUAUCCCUACACUGGAAAUUUUCUGCCUCAAUGUUUACUGUGCCUUUGUUUUUGCUAGUGUGUGUUGUUGAAAAAAAAAAUUCUCUGCCUGAGUUUUAAUUUUUGUCCAAAGUUAUUUUAAUCUAUACAAUUAAAAACUUUUGCCUCUCA